AUGGUGGAGGUAUGGGAUGGGGUCAUUUCAGGGAUGAUGCCAGUACAGAUUGGAAUGAUGAAUGAAGGAGGUAUGGUGGAGGUAUGGGAUGGGUACAUUGGUUGGUACGACGAAAACUCUGUUGGUGGUAUGGAAGCAUGUUGUACAAAAUUACUGGAUGCAGACCCAAAUUGCGUUCUGGGUAACGUUUUGGUGCAUGGUUUGGAUGUCAUGGGUACUGGAAGAUCUAUUUACCGAGACCCCGAGUUCAAAGCUAACAUGGACAACAUUGUAAAGUUGGCCGAAACUCCAAGUGUUACACCAAGAGAAAAAUUACAUGUUGAAGGCAUUACUGCUUGGGCAUAUGGCGAAAUUGACAAAGCUCAAAUCAAAUGGGAAGAGAUAUUAUUGAAGCACCCAACUGAUAUGUUAGCAUUAAAGUUUGCGCAUGAUUCUUAUUUUUAUAUGGGUUAUUCAGCCCAGAUGAGGGACUCUCUUGCUAGAGUUUUACCUUACUGGAGAGUGACACUCCACUAUAUGGUUACCUAA